AUGCAGCGUCGAAUGCUCACAAAGGAGGAGGAAGCCUCCACGGGAGAGGAAGUCGAAGUACGCCGAGAGGAUCAGGACAGAAUCAACAAGUUCAGCACAUUACAUCAGAAAGAGACGCGGUUAGAGGAGGAAUUGAAGGCGAAGCUGAAAGAGAAGGAAGAUCUAGAAGACAUAUCCACCGAGUUAGAGCUUGUGGAUGAGGAGGAGAAAGUGCCGUACAAAGUUGGCGAUUGUUUCGUUUCGCUGCCUCAGCCCGAGGUUCUCGAGUUACUGUCGGCUGCUACGGAAAGGAUUGAUGGCGAGGUAUCUACGCUGAAGGAGACGCUAGACGGGAUCCAUGAAGAGAUGGAGGGGCUCAAGAAGGUGCUCUAUGGGCGAUUCGGGAAGAGUAUCAAUCUUGAAACUUAG